AUGAAGGACUUCUUCAAGAACCUGGCGGUGCUCUCCCUGGUUUUUAUCAGCGUGACUGCUUCGCCUCUCGGUACACCUGCCCAAGAUCACCUGCUUGCCCGUGCUUCGAAUGACACAGUAGGCAACGACUGCAAAAAGCUUGAUGACUACCAACCCAAGGACUCUCUGGAUGUCUUCCCUUUCUAUGACGCUCAACGUUCGGAGAUGAUGCGCUACCGUUUCCACAUUGGUGUGAACAUGGGCUCCUGGUUCGUGAACGAGAAGUGGAUGAACGGCGCCAUUUUCAAGUGUGCUCAUGAUGGCGAGCAGGGUGAACUGGCUAUCCCUCGCGGCUACGGCACGUCGCUCGACGGUAUCAAGAGUGCUCGUGCGCGUCUUGAGCAACACUGGGAUACUUGGAUUACGAAAGACGACUUUGCGCACCUAAAGGAAAUGGGUGUGAACGCUGUGCGUAUCCCCAUCGGCUAUUGGAACCUGCCUGAAUCAAGGUUCCUGAAGGACACGCCUUUCGAGAACUAUACGGAGGUGUACAAGAACAGCUGGAAGUACGUCCGUCGUGCUAUCAAGUACGCCAACGACAACGACAUCGGUGUUAUGCUUGACCUGCACGGUGCGUAUGGCUCGCAGAACGGACAGUCGAACAGUGGUUUCAACAAGUUCAACGUGGACUUCUACAAUGGCGACAACCGCAACCGCACCACUGAUGCCCUCUCGUGGAUCGUGCGUGACCUUCAGAGCAUGCCCAAUAUGAUUGGUCUUGAGCUGCUCAAUGAGGCCAAGAACGAUGGCGGUAAGGACGUCGAUCUUCUGCUGGAGUGGUACAAGAAUGCUUUGGACAAGAUCCGUGAGAUUGGCGGUACCACCGCCGACUUCCCUCUCUACGUCAGCGACUCCUUCGCUCCCCGCCGGGCUGCCGACCUCGUCGCCGGUCGUAAGGACUUUACCGUUCAGGACACGCACAAGUACUAUGCGUUCACCAACAAUGAUCAGAGUGCCAAGGAGAUCACCAAUGAUGUGAAAACGAGUGCCCGUAAGACGAUGGUCGAUAUUACCGAUACGGUGGAGGACCGCUACAUUAUCGGUGAAUGGUCGUGCGCUCUGAGCCCCUCUUCGACCAGCAGUGACCAGGACACGAAGGUGCAGGAGCUUUCCGACUUUUGCACCGCUGAGAUCGAUACGUACCGCAACGUGACUUCUGGUAUGUUCUUCUGGUCAUACCGCUUCGCGAACUGCGAUGACAACGUCGGCUGGUGCUUCAAGGCUUCGCGGGGCAACUUCUUUGACAAGUACAACGCUUGGGGCUUUGACAACAGCGAUGUCAGCAAAGUAGUGGACCGUGUGAAGCAGGAGAAGCUGGACCUGAAGCACGAACUUGCUCUGGGCGCCCUAACCCCCAACCCCAAGGAUCUUGGCUACGCUGAGGGCUUCAGCUGGGCCAAGAAGCUGGCCACGGACUUGCCCGUGUCGCGUCUUGCCUUCAAGAACGAGUACGUUGACCGUCGUAUAAAGAAGAAUAGUGCUAAGCUGCACAAUGACGAUGACAAGAAGGGCUUCCGUGAAGGUUACAGGGAGGGUGUUGAAUACAUUGAAUGCAUUGUUCUGUCUUACAAGAAUGACAAGUCCGACUCGGUUUGCGGCAAGAAGGCUUCUGGCGCCUCGAACGGUGCCACCUCUACCAACUCGAGCUCCAGUUCAUCCAGCUCGUCCAAGUCUAGCUCAUCCAAGUCUAGCUCGUCUCCUACCUCAUCCAAGUCUAGCUCAUCCAAGUCUAGCUCUUCUCCUACCUCAUCCAAUUCUAACUCAUCCAAGUCUAGCUCGUCCAAGAGCUCAAGCCAGCGCAUGUCCAGCACAGUGGUAACCUCGAGCGUGAGCGGCAAGACUGUGACUGCCACUGCCUCCGGUAGCCCCGGUGGUCAGAUGUGCGGCAAUGACGACAUCUUUGGUUUGGGUAUCUGCAUCAGUGGCUCGGGUAACAACAACAAUAUCAACGCGCAGAUGGUGAGCCAUGAAGAGUGGGGUGACCACAUCAAGGAUCUUUCCGAGACCAUGCAGUUUGCUAAGCUGACGGCCAUUCUCGCCCUCGUGGUGGCAGGUGCCGCUGCUAAUCCGUUGCCUUUCGGUAACGAGCUGGUCGAGCGCAACAACGGCGGCUCGUGCCCUCCUCCGCACACAGUCACUGUGACUGUGACGGCCGCCCCGUCGGCGAGCCACUCGCACCAGGCCUCGUCCUCGCACCAGGCCUCGUCCUCGCACCAGGCCUCGUCCUCGCACCAGGCCUCGUCCUCGCACAAGGCUUCGUCUUCGCACAAGGCUUCGUCUUCGCACAGUGCCAGUUCGACUCACAAGGCCUCUUCCACGCACAAACCAUCCUCGACCGCGACAGUGACGUCGACGUCUCCGUCAAAGUCCGCUACGUCUGCCCCUUCGUCUCCUGAUGUGGUCACCACGACCGUGAGCGGCAAGCCUGUGACGGUGACUGCCACGGUGACGAUGAACGGCCAGCGCUGCGGUAACGACGAUAUCUUCGGUAUUGCCAUCUGCAUUGAGAACUCUGGUAACAACAACAGUGUCCAGGCGAACUAA